UCUCCGCCCUCCUCACUCAGUGUGUGUGUACUUCGCCAAAUAACUUGAAUGUUACGAGUCGUCUGUGUGAGAUUUUUGGCUGCUUAUUCACCACAUUUGAACACAUCCCAACGAAUUUGAAGGCCUGGGUUUAAACGAGUUUGUCUCUCUGCGUAAAAAACAGAAUGUCUAAAAGUGAAGGAGAAGAGAUGAUAGAGAUUGAGAUCGAUGGACAGGAGAAACAAGCAUGCCUGGAGGAAGGUGUUGAGGAGCAAACAAUCACUGCAUCCGAUUUGGUUCAGCAAGACAUUGACAUUAAUGAGCCUAUUGGAAAUUUGAAAAAGCUUUUGGAGCCCCGUAUCCAAAUAUCACUGGAUGCAUAUGAGAUUUGCUUGCAGGAUAUUCAGCUUCACCCUGACCACAGCCUCUUUGAUCAGGGCGUAAAGACAGAUGGCACAGUGCAGCUCAGCUUGCAGAUUAUAACCAAACCAGGUGAGGAGAAGCUGAACAUUUUGGAAAUAGUGAAGCCAGUGGAAACGGUUGAAGUGGUGAUUGAUCCAGAUGCGGCAGGAGAGGAGGGUACACUGGUGGAGGAGGGUCAGCUGAUCGCUGUGGAGAGGUCCGGUCUCUCUGAUGAGACUUCUGAACAGGUGACACGCUGGGCCGCAGCACUGGAAGGCUACCGCAAAGAGCAGGUCCGCCUGGGAAUACCAUAUGACCCCUUGCUCUGGACAGCUGAUCAGGUGAUCCACUGGGCUGUUUGGGUAAUGAAGGAAUUCAACAUUGAUGAGAUGGAAAUAGGCAGCAUUCACAUCCCAGGUCGAGACCUCUGCUCUUUUAACCAAGAGGAGUUCCUUCAGAAAGUGCCAAAUGGAGAGAUACUCUGGAGUCACCUGGAACUCCUGCGCAAAUAUGUACUGGCCAGUCAGGACCAGUCAGGAGGAGACGCCACAGUCACAAUUGAUCAGCCUGUGCAGAUAAUCCCGACUCAGGUGAGCACACCCACCGCCAUAAAGGCUAUGAAGCAGAACCGAGGCCCCAGAGCCCCACGUAUCUCAGGAGGAGAAGAGCGCAGUUCACCAGGCAACCGCACAGGUAACAACGGUCAGAUCCAGCUGUGGCAGUUUUUGCUGGAGUUGCUGACGGAUAAGGAUGCGAGAGACUGCAUUUCCUGGGUGGGGGAGGAGGGAGAGUUCAAACUUAACCAGCCCGAGCUUGUGGCUCAAAAAUGGGGCCAGCGCAAGAACAAGCCUACUAUGAACUACGAGAAACUCAGCAGAGCCCUCAGGUAUUAUUAUGAUGGGGACAUGAUCAGCAAAGUGCAAGGCAAGCGCUUUGUCUACAAGUUUGUGUGCGACCUGAGGACUCUGAUUGGCUACAGCGCAGCUGAGCUCAACAGCCUGGUGACCGAGUGUGAGCAGAAGAAACUUGCUCGAAUGCAGAUACAUGGCAUCGGUCAGCCCAUCACUACAGUGACCUUGGCAACCACACUAGACAAGGACAGUUGAAGGAGGCCAUGCUAAAGUGCUCUCCAGCUUCACACUGACUGGAACUCAGAUCACCUUUUUCUUCUUCUUUGAAACGGCUGUGCUCAUUGAGCACAGAAAUGCAAAGCUGAUCGCCGAUCAGUGCUGAUUAACAACUUAAGCGUCUUUACCGUUUUUGUCCAGUUAGACUGAGGCAUGUAAAGGUUUUCCUUUUGUUUUAACUCUAAACAAGAGAAGCGUGUGCAGGAUGAGAUGAUGAAUGUUUGGGAAAUUAUUGAAUAUUACUGUUGUGCAUGUGACUGAAUGCUUUGAAUGUGUGACUGAAAGCCCAGCUUUGUGUAAUGAGUUCCUCGUCCGUAGUGUAAAAUCCCUUCCACUGUAUAUACUGGUACUUCAUGUUUUUGAUAGCCACAAGGGCAAGUGUAUUUUCAUACUUUCCAUUUAUAGAGGAUCUGUUUUGUAUUUUAUUUUGUGGUUGUUCCCUUUUGCUGUUGGACCCUUUUCGUCCACUAGGGGGAAUAAAGCGGCAAGCAUUUUUCAUUA